UUCUGCGUGACAGAGCUGACUAAAAUUUGACCUUGUUCUGCCUCAUAAAAAAGGCGGUGCCCUCCGUUCUCACGUGUCCAAUGCGGUGGUUGCUGAAGGCGUGGGGUCGGCUGCGAGAAACUGCCUUUGGGCGGGAUUAUUCGUGGCAGCCCCCAGGGGGGCUCCGGCGUUCGCCAGGGCUUCAGAAGUACCAGGCCUUGUUUCCAUGGGAACAAGAACCAUCCGUAGGGGGCGGGGACGUUCUAGGCAGAAGUCGCGGGAAAGCGCUCGUGCCCGGCCGGUGGAAGCACGCAAAGGGGGCUGAGGGAGAACCCAGCUUUCUGGGCAUAGUCGAAAACUACUGCGACCGAGCGGAGCGUGUGAUUGAAAAGGAACUCGUGAAGCGGCUUCGCACUCCCAAGGACGAGAAUGAACGAGUGCUGCGGGUUCGCGGGGUCCUCGACGCAAUCCGGUGCUGCGGCCACGUCCUGGAGGUGGCCUUCCCGGUUCGUAGAGACAGUGGCUGUUUGGAGGUGAUCAAGGGCUGUCGUGCCCAACACAGCCAGCACCGUUUGCCCUGCAAAGGAGGGAUUCGAUAUAGCAAAUCAGUUGGUGCUGAUGAAGUAAAAGCUUUGGCUGCUUUGAUGACAUACAAGUGUGCAGUAGUAGAUGUUCCUUUUGGUGGGUCAAAGGCUGGCGUGACUAUUGAGCCAAGGAAUUAUUCAGAAAAUGAACUGGAGCAAAUAACAAAAAAGUUCACAUUGGAAUUGGCCAAGAAAGGUUUUAUAGGCCCUGGAAUUGAUGUAGCUGCCCCUGAUAUAAACACAGGAGAAAGGGAGAUGUCCUGGAUUGCUGAUACAUAUGCCUGUACACUUGGACACAAGGAUAUCAACUCAUAUGCCUGUGUAACUGGGAAACCCAUAAGUCAGGGAGGAAUCCAUGGGCGCAUGUCAGCCACAGGCCGUGGAAUUCUAUAUGGAAUUGAAAACUACAUCAACAAUGCAACAUAUAUGGAUCUUAUUGGCCUCAAAACUGGUUUCGCUGGGAAAACAUUUGUUUUGCAGGGAUUUGGCAGUGUGGGUUUUCAUUCAAUGCGAUACCUGCAGCGACAUGGAGCAUGCUGUAUAUGCGUUGAAGAAGUAGAUGGUGCCAUCUAUAACACCAAUGGAAUUGAUUCCAAUGAACUACAACACUACAAGCAAGAACAUGGCACCAUUGUUGGUUUUCCAAAGGCUAAGAAACUUGAGGGCAGUGCCCUUGAGGUACCUUGUGAUAUCCUUAUUCCAGCUGCUAUUGAGAAACAGCUUACAAAGGCAAACGCUCAUCGUGUCCAAGCAAAGAUUAUUGCUGAAGGUGCUAAUGGCCCCACAACUCCAGAUGCUCAUGACAUCUUUUUGCAGAGAAAAAUCCUUGUACUUCCGGAUUUAUACAUAAAUGCAGGUGGUGUGACAGUUUCCUUUUUUGAAUGGCUGAAGAAUCUCAACCAUGUCAGCUAUGGGCGUCUUACUUUCAAGUAUGAGCGUGAUUCUAACUACCAUCUGCUGAUGUCAGUGCAACAAAGUCUGGAGAGAAAAUUUGGGAAAAGCAGGGGAAGUAUACCUAUUAUACCCACAUCAGAAUUCCAAGCUAGAAUAGCAGUAAGUUAUGUAUUUAACUCCCCUUUGCUCCCCUUCCCUUCCCUUUUGGAGCAUUCUCUUAGAGAAGGAUGCCCAGGGCACUGUAUUUCUCAUGAAGACACAACUUUCAUCCAAAAGAAAAUGUUAGAGACCGGAUGGUGGCUGUCUAAAACCUAUAGAUCCAAGAAUGGAAGGAACCAACAUCUCUUUCCAGUGAUGAGGGCAUUGAAUCUUCACACAAGGAACCAUUCACCAUCUCCUGGAUCCAGGAUACAAACUCACUCCCUACCCCACCCCGUCACAGUUAACCAAAGAAGCCAGAAGAGGCAAGAAUCCAACUUGCAGGUGGAUGACAUCCUAGAAAGCCCCUUAUCCACUUUCUUGGAUAACAGGCAUAAAAGAAGUCCUAGUUACCACAGGGUGCCUCAGAGAAGGAUAUUGUUCACUCUGGACUAGCUUUCACCAUGGAACGUUCAGCCAGGGUAGGUGUUUCUGGGUUGCAUUUCUCUAUAUCUGUCUUUAAAAAGAUCAUUUUGUUUUUCAUAUGGUAGACUUUUUACUUUAUUCUUGUAUGUCUGUAAUAUCCAAUCCUGCGUUACUGAAAUAGUUGUCGUUAUUGCAGUGGUACCAUUUUUAUUCAAUAAUUAUUUUUUAGGUUUUGGUUUCAGACCAGAAUACUAAGACCACAUUGCUUAUGUUUAUAUGUUAUUUUCUAGCAAAUCAUGAGUGUAGCGACAAAGUAUAAUCUAGGCUUGGACCAGAGAACAGCUGCCUAUAUUUGUGCCAUUGAAAAGAUCUUUAAGAGUUAUAUCGAGGGAAGUUUCACUUACUGAAGCUACCCACUGCUGGUCUUCAACCUGCUGGUUAAAAAGCACAAACAACAAAAAAGUAUGUAUUACUUUAGAAGAUAAAGAACCUCUAGGCUGGACAUAGAUAUUGCUGUUAUGUUAUAGAAGAUUUUUCUCUUUCUCUUAUUCUUUUCAUUUUCACAGACUUUCUGUAUAUAAUAAUUUUUAUUAUUUUCUGAGGUUUAGUUUUGAUGUACAGGUGGAUGCUUUGUUGUUAUGCAACUCUGUGUUGCUGCUGUUUCACUUGUCCCCAACUCUUAUCUCUGUUUUGGUCUUUGUGAUACCACUUUUCUAUCUGUUUUGUGACCUCUGUAGAUGAGAUUUAUUACGAAUUAAUGUUUUGUUUUUUUUAAUCGUCAGCUUGAUAUUCUGAAUCUGACAAAGUUUAUUCCUUGCAAUAAACCUUAUUUUAAAUUUAAAUAUCAUACAUAUAAUCAGUAUUUAUAGCCUUGAUGUUCUGUGUUGUAUCUUCAUUGUAGUUUGUUUCCCAUAUACAGUGUAUUCCCAAGAUCUUGCAACUUAAAUUGCAGUUUGUACCUUCAAAGGACUGUAUCAUUGCAUUGUUGAAUAACACUGAUGAAAUAUUGUACAGUAGUAAGGAAAUAUGAUGGCAAAGGUCUAUCCAAAUCUCUGGAUAAUAGUCGUUCCAGUCACAUUUCUGAAUGGAUGUGUGGCUGUGGCAGGAUUAUUGAAAAUUUUUUUUUGCCUUGGAUAGCUGGACAAACACCCUUAUGUAAUUGUACUCUGUUUAGCAACAGCAGGAAAAUCUCUAUAAAUGGAAGUUAAGGAACCUGGUUCACAAUGUUAUAGUAGGCUAUAAUAUAUUCUGAUAAACUUGUUAACUUACUUUUGUAUGCACAUUUGCCUAUUCUUUUUCUAAGCAACUGCAGAAAUUACUUCUUUUAUUACUAGUGAAUUUUAGGACUUGGCAAAAAACAAGGUAGCCCUGUGCUCCAUGAUUGUGACUCAUAGGCAAAAAUGAGGAACCUGUUUCAAACACAGAUAUUUUCCCCUUAGACAGGAAGUUGACUUUUAAAGAUUAAAUGGAUAAAUUUGAUUGAUAGAUAGACAGAUAGACAACAGUUGUAAGUGAAUUUGGAAACAGAAUGGAAAUGUGAGUCAUUGUUUCUUUUGGUUUAAGAAUGCUACAGUUAUAAUUGCUAGAAGGCAUCCAAAAGUGUUUUAAUAAAGUUGAAAAGUUUACUAUCUAAUGUAAUAUUGUCAUAGACAAAUUUAAUGAGCAGAGUUGUAAUAUGUCAAAAGUAUGCCAAGCGUUUGAAGUAAUUCCGUUCCUUAAGGGUUGUAGAUUUAGUCACCCCAUGUUUUAGCACAUAUUAUCAGCAGGAAUCUCAUAGAUCAUAUACAAUUAGGUCUAAGUAACUUAGAGGCACUUACGUCUCUCCCACCUGGCUCAUAAUUUGUUUGUUCAUUGACAUCUGCCGUGGUCGUCUUUGGUCAUAAAAAGUUCAGUAUCAUAAAAAGGGUUUUGCCACCAGAGGGCAGGGUCGACUUUAGCAAGGAGAGAAAAGGAAAGGCUGGGAAUAGGGAAGGAAAAAGACUGAUGAUAGCCAUAAAAAAUAAGCCUAAGAAAGGGGCAGAUACUGUGCUGGUAAUCGUUUGUGACAAGAAGGCUGAAGGGGAAAAAAAAGUAAAUUUAACCUUGCAUUAUCACUAUAUACUGUAUAACUGGUGUCUGUUUUGAUAGAAAUUGUUUUUCAUCUCGUUCAGGUUGAUUUGGCUGCAGUAAGGCAUGUUAAAUAUUCAGAUCAAGCUCUAGCUUUCUUAUGAGUGCAUUGAGUUCCAGAGGGAAUUACAUUUGAAGGCAACUUUGAUACCAAAAAACAUAAAAGGUUCACAAAACCAUAUUCUCUUGGAAAAGAAUAUUUGGUUCUUUGACAGUAGAAAUGAUUAUGUAAAUGUUCCAGCAAAUAUAUUGUGGACUUAAUGAGUUGGGCAGGCUUUAUUUAUUCUAAAAUUAAUUUAAUUUGGCUGCAUCUGCAGUUGCACACUAAGUUUAAACAAUUCAAAAAACAUUUAACAUCUCAGGGCAUGUCAGUUGCCGGCCAUGUCUUCACCGGAAGACAAAUAAGACAAUAAGCUGUGCCCUUCAUUUCUUAACAUUUCAUUAAACAUUUUAUCUGUUUAAUAUUUAAAAAUUAGACCUAAAAGAAAAAAAUAUUAUGAAUAUGUUUGAUGUA